CAGAAUUAACUUUAACAUUAACAGACGAAACUUUCCCAAUAUUUUAUUUGAAAUAAAUGCCGCCCAAAAAAGAUGCUAAAGGAGGAGCAAAGGCUGCCCCGGCAAAAGGUGGAGCUGGUGGAAAGAAAGGUGGCGCGGGAGCAGACGAAGCUGGUGGCAAGGAAAAAAAGGGUGGAAGUGCUGUGAAGGUUCGUCACAUUUUGUGCGAGAAACAAGGCAAAAUUAUGGAAGCUCUGGAAAAACUGAAGGAAGGACAAAAUUUCAACGUGGUGGCAACAAACUACAGCGAGGACAAGGCUCGACAGGGUGGUGACUUAGGAUGGCAAAUUCGUGGAGCCAUGGUUGGACCGUUCCAGGAUGCUGCUUUUGCACUGCCUAUUUCCACCAUAAAUGCUCCUAAUUACACGGAUCCACCGAUCAAAACUAAAUUCGGUUAUCAUAUAAUAAUGGUUGAAGGGAAAAAGUAAUAAAAUGCAUCGGUACUUUUGGAA